AUGUAUCAUGUUUGGUUUCAAAAUCGGAGGGCGAAAUUCAGACGGAACGAGAGAAGUAGUCUGUCGAGGAACAACCCCACACUAACGACCAUCACGCCUGGUUGCAAGUCUCCGAAUGUUGAACAACCCCUUUUACCCAGGUCGAAUACGAACGUCGUUCACCCAGAACCUCCGUUUACAGCUGGCUCCAGUUUUGGCGGUCUCUUGGAGUACUCUGCAGCGUGGAAAUCGAACGGAUUAUCACAGUGUGGAAUGUUUCAACACUCAUCAAGUUACCCAACUUUCUUACCUGCAGCAGUCUCUACUACAG